AAUGUGAACACUCCCAUAGGGAUAAUAACAUGAGCAACAUCCAUAAAAACAUCCUUCAAAACAUUUUCUCACCCAAAUUCACAAAAUUUCACACCUUUUCUUGCUAAAAUGCGUUCAUAAAUCACAAAUUGCAUGCAAAUCCCCCUUUUUAACCCCCCAUACACAUACAAUCACAUACACACUCCAUAAAACCACCGAUCUUAUCAUCUUUGUGAUAAUCGAACGCCUCAAAUCUCAAUCGGCAGCUCAGAUCUUCUGUUUUACUCUUCUCUCUAACCCAUGACGCUUUUUAUGUGUUUUGCUGGCACAUAAACAGAUUAAUAAGCAAUCAUGGAGCUCAAGGUGUGACAUAAACCGGACAAAGUUUAACUUUUUACAGUUUUCCAGCCUAAAAGAGGGAAAAUUUCAAAUUUGUAGCAAUGCAGCAGUCUCGUUCUCCCAAAAUCACCAUCAAAAUGGGAGGUAAAAGACCCGAGAUUGCGCUGCCUGACGUUAACAUUAAUCACGAAACUUCACAAAAAGACCAGACUGCCCCUGAUGGACCUAGUGUACCUUCACACACUGAUGAAAAAGAAACCGAUGAAAAUGUUUUAGACGCUUCUUUAUCCGAAUACAGCACAGACGAUGAAGAUAAAGAUACCGAUACCCCUUUAUGUGACGAUUCCCAAAAACAAAUCGUGCUUUACGAUCACUCUCUAAAUGUUUCCGAGCCGGUCAAAACCGUAAAGAAACCGAAGUCGGAUAAACCCUUGUUGUCUUCUAAAUCACCGCCUGAGGUCGGUGCGUUCACCGUCCAAUGCGCGAAUUGUUUGAAAUGGAGAUUAAUCCCGGACCAAGAGAAAUACGAAGUGAUCCGCGAACACAUCACUGAACAACCGUUUACGUGUGAAACAACCCAUCAAUGGAAUCGUGUUGUUUCGUGUGAUGAUCCGACUGAUAUUGAGCAAGACGGGACCCGAAUAUGGGCUAUCGAUAAACCCAACAUUGCACAACCACCGCCCGGGUGGAAGCGGCUUUUGAGGCUUAGACGUGAAGGCAGCUCGAAAUUCGCUGAUGUAUAUUAUGCAUCACCAACAGGCGAGAAACUUCGUUCACUUCCCGAUGUCGUCAAAUAUUUGAAGGAUCACCCCGAACAUUCACAAGGGAUCGGAUUAGCGCGGUUUUCUUUUCAAAUCCCGAGACCAUUAAAGGAGAACUAUGUGAGAAAACGUUCUAAAACGGCGGCAACCACUUCACCAGGAUAUCUUGAACCACCACUAGUUGUACCGGUGCAAUGGGCAGGUCCGGAACAGAAGAUGAACGUGCAGCUUGCCGAACCCUUAUCAUGGGCGGGACCAAUGGAGAACCAAGAUGGUAUGCCUGCAUAUUUAAAGACACCAGAGCUUGAUCCUGUGAACAGGGCUGCGAAGAAGGCGAAAAUAUAUGAUAUCAAUUGUUUAUGAAAAGGGGUUGUAGAAAGAUGGUAUCUUUUGUUUAGUAUGUUGUUGAUGCAACCCGUUAGACUGCUGCAGUGUGUUGGUAUGACGUUGUAAAGAUGUGCAAAACGGACCAGGUCUGAAGGUCCGGUCUUGGUUCUAUGUGUAAGCAGUUCUAUGUUAGGACUGCGCUUUUGAUCUGAAGGUGAACCGGCAGUCUUACCUAGCCGGUCUGGUCCAGUCUGGUCUGUUUUCUUUUGUUCAAUUUAAAAAAGUUAUUUCUUGCGUACUAAAUUGUAGUCUGGUAUGGAAAGAUGGAAACCUUACAACGAUCGUAGUUAUAGAGAUGAUGUAUACAAAUGGCAAUCAAGUAUGCAAAAUGUCUCGAAAACA